UGUGCACACAAAAUCGUGACGUUUACACAAACGUUGUUAUUAUCAACCAUUUCGACGGUUGAAACAAGUUCAGACGAGGAUCAAAACUGUGAAAAAACUUUAAAAAUGUCUCAACAAGGCGCUGCUUUACAGAGUUAUAAUAAUGAACUUGUAAAAUGUAUUAAUGAUCUGUGUGGAAAGAGAGAUGAACUCCAUAAACAGAUUCUCCAAGAAGAAGAAGAAAAACAAAAACUUCAAAAUGACAUUAGGAUACUCACGGAGAGGUUGGCCAAAGUAAAUGAAAGCUUAAGCAAAAAGAUGGCUUCAAGGAAUGAAUUUGAUAAAACAAUUGCAGAAACAGAGUCAGCAUAUAUGAAGAUAUUGGAAAGUUCCCAGACCUUACUGAAUGUUUUGAAGAGGGAAUCACAGACCCUGAGAGAAAAAACAGUUCCUGGUCAAAGAGCCGUCCAAUCGUAGUGUUCUUUGCUGACAGUGCUGAAAAUGGGUAUACAUUUGUGUAUGAUUUUAAUGACUGUAAGUUGAUAUUUUAUUCACAAAAAAAAGUCUGGAGGAAAUUCCUGAGAUCCUCACCUUAUUUUCCUUUGUAAUUUUGGGGAAAAAAACAAAAUGAUUCCAGGAAAAAAAAUUAAUACUGUGUGGAUUGAAUUUAUUUGUGGAUUUGUCACGUUUGGUAGUAUCAUUGUAAAAUACAUGUGUUUAGUUAUGUAGUAUACAAUGUUGACCAAUGAUUUGUCUCAAUUUCCACACUGUGUAUAUAAUUUGCUUGGAACAUGUAAAUAAAUAUACACCCAUUAUUUUUACUUCAGUGAUAGAUUCAUUGCAUUUUCUUUUUUCCACAAUGUUUUUUUUAGAUAUAUUAUUGUAUGUGUACGUGCACAUCAAAAACAAACACAAUUAUCUUUUGAAGAAAUGGUUUUUCCAAUGCAUUUGAACUUUUGUUGUUGAAUCACUUGUAAUUGAGAGUAUUUGAGAGUAAAAAUAAACAUUUUGAAUUUA